AUGGUCGACACAAAGCCCCACGACGAGCAUGUGGACGGCAAGUCCAGCCUCGAGUCCAACGCCGAGGAGGCGAUCCCGACUGGCGCCCUCGCGAUGGACUCGAUUCACAGACAGCAGGUUGAGAAGAAGUUGAAGCGAAAACUGGAUGCGAGAUGCAGUCUGUUCGUUCUGAUUUAUAUCAUGAACUACCUGGACCGCAACAACAUCGCGGCCGCACGACUCAAGGGUCUCCAGGAUGACUUGAAGCUCGACGACACACAAUACGCAACAUGUCUGAGCAUUCUUUAUGUUGGAUACAUUCUCAUGCAGGUUCCUUCCAACAUGUUCAUCAAUCGCAUCAGCCGGCCGUCGCUGUACAUCGCCUGUGCCAUGCUUCUCUGGGGUCUCGUCUCCACCCUCUCUGGAGUCGUCCACAACUUUACCGGCAUGGUUCUCAUUCGAUUUUUCCUUGGAUUUGUCGAGGCUGCGUUCCUUCCCGGUGCUCUUCUGAUCCUUUCCAAGUGGUACACACGUCGGGAGCUUACUACUCGCAACGCCAUCCUGUUCUGUGGUAACCUCAUCUCCAACGCCUUCUCGGCCCUCAUCGGAGCUGGAGUCUUGUCCAACAUGCAGGGAGUGUUGGGCCACGCAGCUUGGCGUUGGCUCUUCUGGAUUGAGGGAGCCAUCACAAUGGGUGUUGCUAUCUCUGCAGCUGUUAUUCUCCCCGAUCUUCCCCACAACUCUCGAGGCUUCACCGAGGAGGAGCGACAGGUUGCACAGCUCCGCAUGAUUGAGGAUGUUGGAGAAGCCGAUACCGACUCAUCUGAAGAGGGUAUCUUUUACGGUUUCAACCUGGCUGUCAAGGAUGUCAAGAUCUACAUCAUGAUGCUCACCUUUACGGCAUAUGUUGUCGGUCUCUCUUUCAACGCCUUCUUCCCCACCCUGACCGGAACUCUUGGUUUCGAAUACGUCCCUACACUGCUCAUGAGCUCUCCUCCUUGGUUGUUCUCUUGCAUUGUCUCCCUGAUCAAUGCUUGGCACUCUGACAGGACAGAGGAAAAGUUCUGGCACAUCGUGGGACCUAUUUGCGUCGGUAUUGUUGGUUUCGUUAUCAGCAUGUCCACCCUCAACGUGGCUGCUCGUUACGUUGCUCUUUUCCUGCAAGCCAGCUCAUACGCCGGCUUCAUCGUCUUUUAUUCGUGGAUCAGCUCCUCAUUCCCCCGACCUCCAGCCAAGCGUGCCGUGGCCAUCGCUAUGAUCAACGCCUUCAGUCAGCUGGGCAACGUGGCUGGCUCGUACGUGUGGGAUCUUCCCGAGAACGGCUUCCGCAAGAGCUACGGCAUUGUUCUGUCCAUGUUUGGCGUCACCAUUGUCGGCUGCUGGAUCUUCCGCAUGAUCUUGGUUGACUUGAACAAGAAGCUCGAUGCCGGCGAGUCGGCCUGGGAGACGAGACGUGAUGUGGCUGCACAGACGGCUGCUGUGGAGGUUAUGGAUAACCCUGACGAGGCUCUGCGCAUGAAGAGGGAUUUCCGAUACUUGAUCUAA